CGAGGGAAAGAGGAGUGUUCAGAACUUUUUGCUUAAAAAGUGACUAAUUCGAUUAAUCGAAAUUUCUCGAAUCAGAGCUGCUUUUUCCCCAAGAGGUGAUUUCUUCCAAACAAGUUCAAAGACACUUGAAGUUACAGACUACUAAAAAAUAGUCUGUGUGUUUUACGAAGUCAAGUGUGGGACGAAAGCUCGAUGGGACGUAUCUUCUCUAAAUGGAGAUAGAAGAAAGAGACGGAGAGAGAAGAAGAUAGAGCAGGGAGUGAGAGAGCGACGUGUACAGUGUGUGAGGGGGGAUUCUUGAUAAAGACAGACUGUGUCUACAAGGAAAGGCAGAGAGACUGGGAAAGAAAAAUGUAAAAAUAGGAAAGAAAAGAGAAAGAGGGGGAAAGUGAAUACUCGCAUGUAAGAGGGAGAUAGACCGAUCGCUAAUGUUAGAUCUUUUAUCUGUCAGACGAAUGGGCCCGGGCUGACCACGGGUCUUCUUCCACCGAAAGAACGCGGCAAGCCGCAGCUCCGCGUGCCUUCGUUUCUCGUUCGACGAGUGACGGUUGCAGUCGAUCCGCGUCUCUCUGAUCGUCCAGAGGACAAUCCACACGACUUUGCUGAUUACAGCACGCACCGCAGUCACCGGUGUCUCCUUUCGAUCUCGAUCGCUUCUCCGCCUCAGACGAGUCGCGAUUUAGUCUUCCUUUUUUUCUGGCAUUCGUCUACGACUCGACGAAACGAAAGAUCGCUGAACGUUCAACAAGGAAGACCAACACGGCGACGUCGUGCGAUCGACGGCCGACCGACUGCAAGCUGGCUGGAUCCGCGAACGCUCCACCUCGGGAUCGAUCAUGGAUGACGAGAAAAUCAAGCUAUUUAAGGAUAAAGCGAUUUAUGGUUAUGGAACGAGCAUUCCCCCGAAUAAUAAUGAAGACGAGGAAAAUGAAAUGUCACCAAGGAAGGUCAUCUUCUGUGUUCAUGGAAAAUUGUCUGGUUGUUGUACGGUUGUGAAAGGUUCUGGCGACGAAAAUACAGCUGCGGACUAUCAACAAAAUCCAUUAUCUCCAGAAGAUCAUUGUCACAGAGAGAGAAACGAAGAGAUUGACAAGAAAGCCCGAAAGAAGUUGUUGAUCGCCAGUGCGCUCUGCGUUAUUUUUAUGAUAGCAGAAAUUGUCGGCGGAGUAUUAUCGAAUAGUUUGGCGAUAGCAACUGAUGCCGCACAUUUGUUGACUGACUUUGCAUCUUUUAUGAUAUCUCUGUUUUCCAUCUGGGUUGCCAGCAGACCAGCUACUAAAAAAAUGCCUUUUGGUUGGUAUCGAGCGGAGGUCAUCGGGGCAUUGACUUCGGUUUUAUUAAUAUGGGUAGUUACCGGCAUUUUAUUCUACCUCGCGAUAGAAAGAAUUGUCCACAAAGACUUUGAGUUGGAUGCAACGGUGAUGUUGAUCACAUCUGCAGUUGGUGUUGCGGUAAAUCUAGUAAUGGGCCUGUCGUUGCAUCAGCACGGCCACAGUCAUGGCGGACACAGUCAUGGUGGGCACAAUCACGAUAGAAACGAUGUGGAAAAUGGACAUGAUGACGGUCUCAAAGGAGAGCAAGCAAAAAAGAAUAUCAACGUACGCGCUGCAUUCAUUCAUGUUUUGGGUGAUUUUAUUCAAAGCGUGGGAGUAUUCAUCGCUGCAUUAGUCAUUUAUUUUAAGCCAAGUUGGAGCUUAGUGGAUCCAAUAUGUACAUUCCUCUUCUCGAUAUUAGUUAUUCUCACUACAGUGGCGAUUAUUAAAGAUGUAAUUAAUGUCUUGAUGGAAGGUAUUCCUAAGGGUUUCGACUACUCGCAUGUGGAGAACACCUUCAUGCAAAUAGAUGGAGUCGUUAAGGUGCAUAAUCUUAGAAUCUGGGCGCUUUCACUUGACAAGACUGCUCUGUCAGCGCAUCUUGCAAUAAAACCUGGAUCGAGUCCCCAGAACAUUUUACGCACCGCUACACGAAAUAUCCACGACAAAUACAAAUUCUUUGAGAUGACGUUGCAAAUAGAGGAAUUUAAUGAGAGAAUGGAAAACUGCAAACAGUGCAAGGCGCUAUCAUAAUAAAACACUGUUAUCGUACUUAUGUGUCCUAUAGUCGUAAAAUAAGGGACGCAAUGUGCAACGAAGAUAAUUUUAGAUCGUGAUCGUCACAAUCAUCUUCAUCACGAAUGAAGCCAUUAAGAUUGCUUUAUUCACGAAAUCAGCAUACAUGUAUCACAUUGAACUCUUGUUAUACAUUUCCUUUUUUUCCUUUUCUUUUUUAACCAACUCAUGCAAAUACAUACGAACAGUCAAUGUCACUCGUACAACGCGAUGUGUUUAUUGUAAAUAGUUUGUGUGUUAUUCCCCGUUAUGAGAUAAAUUAUAAUUAGUUCCAUAAAUAAA